CAGCUGUUGUGGAACCACAACGCCGGGCGUAUUUGAGACUACCCGAUAUAAGUCAAUGUAUUACAGACGUCUCAAGAAAUGCAGACUGGAGUGGAAGAAGCAUUUAGAAGAUUUAUAUUCCAAAUGUCGUGAAAGUGAACCGCAGCCAGAAAUUACGCCAGAAAACAUGGUUACUCCCCAGCAACUUGUCCUUCCAGUCCUUCCAGUUGAUGUUCCUUUGGAUACCAUUGCAUCUCCACCGUUAUUGGAGGAACACUUAACGACUGAACAACUGCCUGCAACUGAGAAAGCUCACCGCAGCGAGAGCACUGCAGCUGACGCUAUUCGCAACAUUGUCUACCGAUGCAAGCUAAAUAUGGCAAAUACUCGUAUUGUGCUGGAAGAAUUGAAGUCCCUGCAUCCUGAGUUGCCGACUAGCCCACGGACAUUGAUGAGGACUGAAGACUUUUUUCAACGGAGAGCAGUUGGUCCUGGGAUGUAUGUUCACAUUGGCCUUCGUCGUCAGAUUUUGUCUCGCUUACAAAAUCUGAAAUCUGAAGUCUCAGAGCCAAUUGGUCUGCAGCUGAACAUUGAUGGUGCUCAAAUUUUCAACAAUUCCAAAUUGCAGAUGUGGCCAAUACAAGGGAAGUUACUUCUGUCUGGCUGCGACAAGGUAUUCUUGGUAGGUGUCUACUGUGGUUCAUGUAAACCUUCAAGUAUACACACUUUUUUGAGGGACACUGUAGUAGAAUUAGAAUGCAUUUGUGCUAAUGGUAUCACAUUACCCAACAGCCAUUGCAUUGACAUCGUACUUAAGGGUGUCAUCUGUGACACACCAGCGAGAGCACUAGUUAAGCAAAUAAGCGGUCACAAUUCAACACAAGGAUGCGAUAAAUGUGAGGCUGUAUGCCGUCGUGCAAACAAUCGCAUGGUUUAUCCCACUACAUGUGCCGCUUUAAGAACUGACUCGUCUUUUCGCAGGCAAACGUUACAGUGUCACCAUAAGGGUAAAUCUCCGUUCGAGAAAUUGCAUGUCGACAUGAUCACUGUUUUUCCUCUAGACAGCAUGCAUCUCAUAUACUUAGGUGUAGUUCGCAAGUUGAUUGGCCUGUGGAAAUUGAAGGCCACAGCUAGGGAAGAUGGUAUGAAUAAUACUAUUUUAAACACUAUUAACUCUAGACUGCUAAGCUCACAUAAGUUGACUCCCUCUGAAUUCCAGCGUAAGUGUCGAACAUUAGAGGACGUUGACCGUUGGAAAGCAACAGAGUGCCGACUGUUUCUUUUAUAUUUAGGAGUGGUAUACUUGAAAGACGUAUUGCCACCUUGCUUUUAUCAUAACUUCUUCGAUUUAUUCCUGGCAUGCUACAUGUUAAGUCACCCAACUUAUUCUUCAUAUUACCUAGAUGACGUAAAAAACUUAUUGUUGAAAUUCGUUGGUAACUUUAAGUCAUUAUUUGGGGAUGAUAACAUGGUGUACAAUAUCCAUGGCUUACUUCAUAUUAGUGAGGAUGUACGACAGCACGGACCACUAGACAAUUUCUCAUGCUUCCCAUUUGAGUCUAACAUACGCUUCCUGCAGACUCUCGUUACAGGUCCCAAUAACCCAGCCGUCCAAAUAGGUAAACGUCUAGGAGAAAGAUACUUAGUGGAAGGGGACUCUGCCAAGUCAGAGAUGACUAAUAAUGCAUCUGUAAAUGUGUCUAAACAGACUGCAACUUUUUCCACUUUUAAAGUAAGCUCAUUUCCCCCCAACAAUUCCUUUGUGGUAGGCAAUAUACCUGGAGUUGUUUCUGAAAUUGUAAGCGAAAAUCAUUUUCGAUUUCGAGCUUAUAAGAAACCCCAGAGUUAUUUUGAACACCCACUGGAUUCUAGGGAUAUUGGAAUAUAUCAGGUAGACAACUUGGAGGGUGAGACAAGUAUUAGGACUUUCAGUGAAAUUCAGGCGAAGUGCAUUAGCUUGAGUCUUUUGCAUAACUCCGUUUUAAUUUCCAUAUUGCACACCUCUAAACUGUCGUGAUUUACUUAGUACUGCAGUUUACAGUGAGCCACAGUUAACCCCUAUCAAGGAUACAAGCAAACAGUGAGUUUACUUUUUUAUUUACUUGAUUAAAUUAUAAUACGCACACUUAUAUCAAUAUACGUCUUGCAAGACUUCCCUUCUCCCUAUGUACCUAUUUUCGUAUGUAAUAGUCGUACAUUAUUUGUAGAUGAGUAAGCAGUUCCUGUUAGUCAAGGUACCUGCCCUGAAUGAUGUAUUGAUUGUAAGCGAGGAGUGGGUGCUUGGAAAGGUCUUGAUGCUCCCAAAGUCGUAUUCGUGUGCAGAUGUCAAGAGACAUGCAGAGGUUGAUGUAGGUUCCACGCCUUACCAGUUCAAUCUGUUGGCACAAUUCAAUGAUUACGAGCAGGCAGUUAACUUGAAAAUUUUUAUUGAAGGUUCACAAACACGAAAUAUGGACUCCUCAUCUGAGGAUACUGAGCCUGCAAGCCAAGGCAGGGUAAACCGUGUAACCAAACCAACCAAAAAAGUUUUGGAGAACGCUGCUCCCUUCAACUACCCAUCUCGGUUGUUGGCUGACCCACAAUUUCAGUUGGAGACACCUGCUUUCCGAAAGCCAUCCACUGUGGCAAGAAAUGAGAGGUAUAAUACAGUUUACUUUUACAUUACUUUUCAUUUCAGUUUGUUGUGUGUCCCUUCAACUUCAACAGCUAACAUUCCUGUCCCCAUGGACAUGUAAGUUCAAUUUCAUUUAAAAAUAUUACUUGCAGGUGCACGAAGAAUGAGAAGUCAUGUGCCUGCACAUGUGGUUGUUUGGAAGAGAUAAGGGCUUUACGGUCACGUGUCUCAGCAGUUGAAGCUGAACUGUCACAACUGAAAGUGGUCGACAGCAUGGACAGCAAUAUCUCCUGUGUCAGUGCUGUUCAGACUUUGAAGAGUUGUGGCAGAUGGCAGUUGGACAGCGACAGCGUCAUGUCUGCGUUUGAGGCCAAACUGUCAGACGACGACUAUCGUCAUGCUGUGUCAGCGGAGCUAACAACUUUAGUAGACAGCAAUUUGCAAACAUCCGUUGGUCGCAUAAUGAAUGUGUUGCUGGAGCCCAAAUACAGCACACAUUUUUCAUGGGCUGGUACUAAAGAGAAAAAACAA